CUGUGUUCGGAGGACAACAGGACUCACGGCGCUCAGCCUCCACCUCUGAAUGUAAACAGCAGCACCAUCAGCUCUGAGGAAACAUCCACCUCCUCCACCUCCACCACCUCCUCCACCUCCUCCACCGUGGAGCUCCGCGGAUUAACCGGGACUGCACACACACUCGGAGCCGCAGGAGGAACCAUCGCUGGAGAUGGACUGCAGGUCGGAGACAACACGCGCCUGUGGCAUCGCAAAACAAAUGGAAACCAUUUUCUGUCAGCUGACCGGUCGUGGAAGAAGUAUUCAAAUCCUACGUUUGAAUAACGAUGACUCCCAUCCUCGCUGUUUGAACAUGCUGCUCGGGUAGUGAAGGAGACUGCGAGGAGCGUCUACCCAAUUAAACUCCCCUCACACACGCACACACACACACACACACGCACAACCAUGCUGAUCAAGGAGUAUCGUAUCCCCAUGCCGAUGAGCGUGGAGGAGUACCGCAUCGCUCAGCUCUACAUGAUCCAGAAAAAGAGCAGAGAGGAGAGCUGCGGCGAGGGCAGUGGCGUGGAGAUCCUGGAGAACAAGCCUUAUGAGGACGGCCCAGGGGGCUCGGGCCAGUACACGCACAAGGUCUACCACAUCGGGAAACACAUCCCGUCCUGGUUCUGUGCCAUCCUGCCUCAAGCUGCCCUCCGAGUGGAGGAGGAGUCCUGGAAUGCCUACCCCUAUACAAGAACCCGGUAUACCUGUCCCUUUGUAGAAAAAUUCUCUAUCGACAUUGAGACGUAUUAUAAACCAGAUACUGGAAACCAAGGGGACGUCUUCAAUCUGUCCUCUGCUGAAAAGAGACAGAGGACUGUAGACCCCAUAGACAUCGUGAAGGACUACAUCGCUCCUCAUGAGUACCUGGUGGAGGAAGACCCGAAACUGUACCAGUCUGUCAAGACCAAACGGGGUCCACUGUCAGAGGACUGGAUCGAGGAGAUCAACCAGGACCCUGGUCAGAACCCCGUCAUGUGUGCCUACAAGCUCUGCAAAGUGGAAUUCAGAUACUGGGGCAUGCAGUCCAAGAUCGAACGCUUCAUACAUGACGUGGGUCUGCGUAAAGUGAUGGUCCGUGCCCACCGGCAGGCGUGGUGCUGGCAGGACGAGUGGUACGGCCUGACCAUCGAGGACAUAAGGCAGCUGGAGCUGGAGACCCAGCUGGCGUUGGCUAAGAAGAUGGCCCACUACAGCCUCAGCGAGGAGGGGGGAGCGGAGACCAAUGGCUCUGCUGUCAGCCAGGACCAGCAGCAGGGAGCUGAGGCUGUGGGAGCCAGUGCAGAGGCAGAGGGAGGAGCAGGGAAGCUGGGGGAGUCACUGGAGUCACGAGGGGAGCUCACCAAGCAGUGGUCAACAUCCUCUAGAUCCUCCAAUAGGUCAUCUAAGAGAGGAGGAAGUCCAUCUCAUCAGAGCAUUUCAGAGUGGAGGAUGCAGAGCAUCGCACGGGACUCGGAGGACAGUACCGACGAUGAGUUCUUUGAUGCUCAUGAGGACUUUUCUGACAAUGAGGAGAUGUUUGCCAAGGAGAUCACCAAGUGGAGCUCCAACGACCUGAUGGACAAGAUAGAAACAACAGAGGUGGAUGAAGCACAAGAAACUUUGUAUCGGGAGUCGGGCGGGGAGUACGCCGUGAUGAGUAAUGAGGAGGCGCAGAUGGAGGAUUGUUCGUCUCAGCAGUGUCUGCAGCCGUCAAAAAUCCACGUCCUCGUUCUGGUCCUGCACGGAGGAAACAUCCUGGACACUGGCUCUGGUGAUCAGAGCAGCAAGCAGGCAGAUGUAAACACACUGAGUGGGGCUUUUGAGACCGUGAUGAGGGUCCAUUACCCUGCAGUGCUGGGCCGCAUCGCCAUCCGGAUGGUCCCCUGCCCUGCUGUGUGUGUCGACGCAUUCUCCCUGGUCUCCAACCUGAGCCCCUACAGCUACGACGAGGGCUGCCUCUCUAGCAGUCAGGACCACAUCCCGCUGGCUGCUCUGCCUCUUCUGGCUACCUCUGCUCCACAGUAUCAAGACGCUGUAGCGGCCGUCAUCUUACGAGCCAAUCAGGUCUACGGUGACUUCAUCAAGUCUCUAGAGGGGGCGUCUUUUAAUGGCCAGGUGUGUGUCAUUGGGGACUGUGUCGGUGGAAUCUUGGGGUUCGAUGCUCUGUGCAGCAGCUCGGUGACGGUGUCAGAGAGUCAAAACAGCAGCAGACGGGGCAGCACCAUCAGUGUGCAGGACACAGACCUCCUCUCUCCAGGUAUUAUCAUAAACAGUGUCUCUCCGUCUUCGCCGUCCCUCGAGGGAAGCCGCCAUCUCAGCCGCAGCAACAUAGACAUCCCUCGCUGCUCGGGGCCCGACGACCCCAAGAAACAGCUUCCACGCAAGCGCAGCGACUCGUCCACGUACGAGCUGGACACCAUCAAGCACCACCAAGCCUUCCUGUCCAGUCUUCACUCCAGCGUGCUCCUAGCAGAGCCCGGAUCACGGCGCUCCAGCAACAGCACCAUGUUGGAGGGAGGCUCCUUGGGAAAGUUUGACUUCGAGGUGACCGACUUCUUCCUCUUUGGCUCCCCUCUGGGGCUGGUGCUCGCACUGAGGAAGACUGUGGUGCCCACUUUAGAUGUGUCGGCUCUGCGUCCAGCCUGUCAGCAGGUUUACAACCUGUUUCACCCGGCCGACCCCUCGGCCUCGCGCCUCGAGCCUCUCCUGGACAAGAGGUUCUACCUGCUGCCUCCCUUAAGUGUUCCCCGCUAUCAGCGCUUUCCUCUGGGUGAUGGACACUCAGCUCUCUUGAUGGAGACUGUGCAGAGUAACCCUCAGCUUCUAAUGGAUACUGGUGGUAUGGGGUCCCAACGCUGGCAGGAAAGCCCCGUCAAUGAGACAUCCAUCCCUGUGCCCGUUCUCAACUGGCAGACCUCACAGCUCCACGCAGAGAGUGUGAUGAGACAUGAGAACUCCAGUAUUUUGGAGCUGGAUGGCAAAGAAGUGUCUGAAUUCACUCCGUCCAAGCCUCGAGAGAAGUGGCUCCGCAAGAGGACUCAUGUUAAGAUUAGAAACGUGACGGCGAACCAUCGUGUGAAUGAUGCUGUGUUCACGGAGGACGGAGCCCAGAUGGUGACGGGACGUUUCAUGUACGGCCCUCUGGACAUGGUUACCCUCACUGGAGAGAAGAUUGACAUCCACAUAAUGACCCAGCCUCCCUCUGGAGAGUGGGUGUACUUUAACACAGAGCUCACUAACAGCAGUGGACGUGUCUCUUAUGUCAUCCCUGAGAGCAAAAAGCUGGGUGUUGGUGUGUAUCCUGUCAAAAUGGUGGUCAGGGGUGACCACACAUCUGCAGACAGUUAUCUAACUAUUUUACCGCGGGGAACAGAGUUUGUAGUGUUCAGUAUUGACGGGUCAUUCGCUGCCAGUGUGUCUAUCAUGGGCAGCGACCCAAAGGUUCGAGCCGGAGCUGUGGAUGUGGUGAGGUACUGGCAGGACCUGGGCUAUUUGAUAGUGUAUGUAACGGGUCGUCCUGACAUGCAGAAGCAGCGUGUGGUGGCCUGGCUCUCUCAGCACAACUUUCCUCACGGCAUCGUCUCCUUCUGCGACGGCCUGGUUCAUGAUCCCCUGCGACACAAGGCCAACUUCCUCAAAACCCUCAUAAACGAGGCCCACAUGAGGAUCUUUGCAGCCUACGGCUCCACCAAGGACAUCUCGGUGUACACGUCUAUCGGCCUGCCUCCGUUCCACAUCUACAUUGUGGGAAGGCCCACAAAGAAAAUGCAGCAGCAGUGUCAGUUCAUCUCGGACGGCUAUGCUUCCCACCUGUCCCAGCUGGAGUACAACCAGAGGUCUCGUCCUGCCAAGUCUGCCAGCACCCGCAUGGUCCUCCGCAAGAGCAGCUUCGGCCUGGGUGCAGCCGGAGGCGACUUUCUCCGUAAACGCAACCACAUCUUUCGCACCAUCUCCUCUCAGCAACCCGGGGGAGCUGGCUCGGCCUCCCCCAGCCAACCGGGCCGGACUGAGCGUACCCUGAGCCAGUGCGAGGUGGAGCGCGAUCGGGGGGUCGCAGCAGGAACCCAGAGAAGUAUGAGUAUAGCUGCUGGGUGCUGGGGCCGUAGCGGCAGCACCAAGGAGGGCAGCGGCGGGUUACUCGGCCCUAAAUGAUUCGAGUGAGGGGCUGCGGUGUCAAAGGCCUGGGCCACCAUGAUCUCUGGAUGAGUCAAAGGUUGGAUGAAGAGGGGAGAGGAAGCGGGAGUGGAGGGAGAGGUUGCAUUUUAGAAAGCAGAGAUAGGUGAGGGAUGUAGCAGACACAACACACUGAUUGGGUGAGGAGAGAAUGAGGAUGAGAGAAGAGAGAAGGAAGGAUACUGAGGGAUCUGUUCAGGAGGAGUGGACUAAUCAGGCCAAGUGGGAUCCAGCGAACAAAAGACGAUUCUGUAGCAUGACUCUUUUACAGUAAUACUUUUUUAUAGGAUACGUCACUAACUAUUGAAAAAAUGACGACAGAAGGAUUAAGAGAAAUAUUGUAAGCCUUAAAUUAUUCUCGUAUAACGGGACCCCCCCUUCUCUCCCCACUUCCUGAACACACACAUGCCCAAGCAUUCACACUCACGAGCUCAGGACGAACCGCAGAGCCCCCCGAUUCAUCUUCAAACAGUCGAGCAGGGCUUUGGGCAGCCAUGGCAACGAGCCAUUGACUUUCACCUCUGUUUCCGUCCACACGUUUCAAACCAAGCAUUGACUGGUGGAAAGAGACGCCUCACAUUUCAAAAACACAAAGAAAAGGAAGGGGAGAAGAGAGAAAUGAAGAUCAGGUCUCUCAAAUGACUAAAAACCGUAUGUUUCUUUCUCUUCUGUUGUGGUAUUUAUCCGUACAGAGAGCUUUGCUGUAAUCCUCCAGAAUGUGAGAUAUCUGUCUCUGCCGGAUUUUCAGUGGAAUGACUCCACUGAGGAAAUUAUCCCAAUUAGAGGGGAUUCAUUUGUUUUAAAGCAUUAUUAGUUUUGGCCACUUGAGGGCAGCAGAGAAAGCUGUAGACAACACUGACAUACAAUCAAAACUGUCCUGACAUCUAAAUGGGGUAGACAGAAUAAUAGAAAUAGGCUUCUUGUCUGUAUAACACUGUGCACUUCAGUAGUAUCACAAACUGAUCACACAGGUGAAUCACUUCCUCUGUAAAACUGAACAAACCAAACAUACAUAACCUUCUUAAAGGGAGGAUUUACUUUUACAUUUAACUAGAUUAGUUCUACCUUGACAUAUAAUAUGAAACACUGAAAUAAGAAGGACACUCAGUAGACCUCCCCCAACAGUCGCUUUAUGAAACCACAUUUAAAUUCACUAGAUACAAUUUUUAUUUGGAUCUUCACUAACUUGCACUCACUCUUAAAUAUCAUUUGUUUAAACAUGCCAGAUUUUUUCAUCAAGAUCCAUGAAUUAUUCUCUGAGAAUUAAAUUAAAAUGUUGAAAAACACUCUCACACUGUUAAAGAAAAUGAAAAGUGAACAGCUCCCUGAUCCCCAAUGCACAGCAAGUCAUCCUGCCUACAAGCAAACAGACAAACACAGACGGAAACAUAUCCUUCUUGCUGGAGGUAAUUAAAUAACAAGACAAACCCGAAACCCCACAUAGUCAUUUGACACAUUGUUAAGCAGCACACUGUUAAGUAUUUUAUGGUGAAUCCCCUCAGCUGUGGUGUGAAAGCAGAGACUGACAUCUCUUAACCUGGGCACAGACCUGCAGAGCUAGAUACCACAAACAGUGACAGAUAAAAUCAAGCUGGUCCUUUAAACACGUGAGAGCAUGUACAUUGUAUCAGAGAGGAACGUUCGUCUCGUCUCGGCCACAAAACUCUGUUCAUCUCUGACUUCACUUUCGUCAAACUGCUCGCUGGCUUUGGCAGCCGAGUGUGUGACUCUGUAGUAUUUUUCCCUUUCAGUGUGGCCUCUGGCCGCCAAAGGCCUUAAUAUCCAACAAGACACUUACUCCACAGUAGCAGGAAGGGCAUGCGGCAUUAAAGCAACAAGCGGAACUCUGUACAGUCCACAGCAACAAUCCCUUUAUAUAACCAUCUGCUUGCAAUACCUCUAAAGUCUCCCACAUGUGCUGCUGCUGCUGCUUCUGGUAGACACUCGUGUGGUGUUCCCCCAGCUUCUCGCUCUUUCUGCCAGGAUGGACCUGGUGUUUCCUGAGUUUCAUGUCAGGCUGGAUGCUCGCUGGAGACGGAGGCAGGACUUUCACUCACACAGACCUGUGACUCGUUUUACUAUUUUUACCAAAUGGACCGACGAGUGAUUCAGCAUGAAUGUUGAAAAGGACAAUCCUCUCAGUGGUGAAUCUGGAAGUGGGGG